AUGAAGUCCAACUCAGAUGAUCGUUCUUGGCAAAUGCUAUUCACGAUCUUACUGCAUUUUGAUUUCCGCAUGUGUGUUCAGGAAGAGUACCUCCGAGAACUUCUGAAACGUAUCGUCCUCAACUCACAGGAAGAAUCUUCCCCACAGCAGGAGGAUUGUAAAAUUGGUGAUCAGAGUGGAUCAUUGCAGCAGAAGAAAAGGAACGGCAUGGCCUUGAGAGCAAAACCGACCUGUCACCCAAGUGAGUAA